CCGGGUCUGCGCCGCCGCCUCCGGGCGAGCAGAGCGCUGGCCCCAGCUGGCGGGCGCAUGUGGGGGCGCGCGGCUUGGAGGCGCUGCCCGCGGGGGCUGCGGCGCAGCCGCGAGGCGCUGCUGACGCUGCUGGCCUUGCUAGCGUUGGCCGGGCUGGGCUCUGUGCUGCGGGAGCGGCGCGGGGCCAGGGCGGCUGAGCCAGGACCCCUGCGCACCCCGCGCCUGGGGCGGCGCGACCCGGUCCUGCCGCGGCCGCCGGUACCCGGCGACGCUCUGGGCGCGCGGGGCGAGGCGGUGCAGCUGCAGCUGCAGGACGAGGAGCUGCGGCUGCAGGAGGAGAGCGUGCAGCUGCACCAGAUCAACAUCUACCUUAGCGACCGCAUCUCGCUGCACCGCCGCCUGCCCGAGCGCUGGAACCCGCUGUGCAAAGAGAAGAAAUAUGAUUAUGAUAAUCUGCCCACGACAUCUGUUGUCAUAGCGUUUUAUAACGAAGCCUGGUCGACCCUCCUCCGGACAGUUUACAGUGUCCUCGAGACGUCCCCAGACAUCCUGCUAGAAGAAGUCAUCCUUGUAGAUGACUACAGUGAUAGAGAACACCUGAAGGAGCGCUUGGCUGAUGAGCUGUCUGGGCUGCCCAAGGUGCGUCUGAUCCGCGCCAACAAGAGGGAAGGCCUGGUGCGAGCCCGGCUUCUGGGCGCUUCCGCGGCAAAAGGUGAAGUGCUGACCUUCCUGGACUGCCACUGUGAGUGCCACGAGGGGUGGCUCGAGCCACUGCUGCAGAGGAUCCAUGAAGAGGAGUCGGCAGUGGUGUGCCCUGUGAUCGAUGUGAUCGACUGGAACACGUUUGAGUACCUGGGCAACUCCGGGGAGCCUCAGAUCGGUGGCUUUGACUGGAGGCUGGUGUUCACUUGGCACAUGGUCCCCGAGAGGGAGAGGAUGCGGAUGCAGUCCCCCAUUGAUGUCAUCAGGUCUCCAACAAUGGCUGGAGGGCUGUUUGCUGUGAGUAAGAAAUAUUUUGACUAUCUGGGGUCUUAUGAUACAGGAAUGGAAGUCUGGGGCGGAGAAAACCUCGAAUUCUCCUUUAGGAUCUGGCAGUGCGGCGGGACCCUGGAGACACAUCCCUGCUCUCACGUUGGCCACGUUUUCCCCAAGCAAGCUCCCUACUCCCGCAACAAGGCUCUGGCCAACAGCGUCCGAGCCGCCGAAGUGUGGAUGGAUGAAUAUAAAGAGCUCUACUACCAUCGCAACCCGCAUGCCCGCUUGGAACCCUUUGGGGAUGUGACCGAGAGGAAGCAGCUCCGUGCAAAGCUCCAGUGUAAGGACUUCAGGUGGUUCUUGGAGAACGUGUACCCAGAACUGCAUGUGCCUGAAGACAGGCCUGGCUUCUUCGGGAUGCUCCGGAACAAAGGACUGAAAGAUUACUGCUUUGAUUAUAACCCUCCCAGUGAAAACCAAAUCGUAGGACACCAGGUCCUUCUAUACCUCUGUCACGGAAUGGGUCAGAACCAGUUUUUCGAGUACACGUCCCAGAAGGAAAUACGCUAUAACACCCACCAGCCAGAGGCCUGCAUCACUGUGGAGGCAGGAACGGACACGCUCGUCAUGCAUCUCUGCCAGGAAACUGCCCCAGAGAAUCAGAAGUUCAUCUUGCAGGAGAGCCAACUCAGGAUGUUUUCGGAAUUGCAAGUUGAGGGAAGGCUCUACCCUGCCACACUCUGAUGGUGAUUUACCCCAAGAGGGAGACCUGGCUGACCCUAACGCUGGGUUGAAGAGCUCCCUCCCCGCUUCACGGCCUCUGAGACCUUCCCGUUGAGGCAGCCGGACUCAGUGAUACUUCCUCUGCUAUCUGCUCUCUGUUCCUGAGGGUGAGGGCAGGGGUGGCCAGCGCACAGGAGGGUGCUCCCCUGCGGCACCGCCUCUGCCGGGAAAAGGAUUUCAGGUUUUUGCUGCCUGGAAAUGAGAUUCAUAUUUGGUAGACUCUCAAGUGAAGUCUAGACUCCCUUUUGUACUAGCGUAUACCUGACAUACACUGUCUCUUGCCCCCAACACUUCACUUUUCCCAGGUUAUUGGAAAGAUACAGGCUUGGCUGAAAAUUCAGAAACUAUGCAAGAAUCUAAAGAAAUCACUUAAAUUCUCGCUACCCAGAGACAGCACCAUUUGGAACUAUUUCCUUCCAGUUCUUUUUUUGUUACCACCAUCCUUUUCACUGGGUUGAAAUUGGCUCAGUAUUAGCUUUUGCCAAGUGAACCUGGUUCUGUCCUUUGGGGAAAAGCAAAAUUAGUCUCCUUCCUCUGCCCAUACCAGGGUUCAGAUGUGUGAAGACAAUGUUUCCACAGAUUCUUCCCAUCUCUGGGGGAAAAUCUAAACUCCAUUUUGAAAUGCCAGGAUUUAUCAUUACAA